AUGAUGAUUCAAAAAAAAUAGUUUAUAUUUAAUUAAUAUGAAUUAUAUGAUAAUUAUAUUAUCAUAAAGAAAGAGUACAAACAAAAGAGUAUAAGUUUUCAAUUUUAUCAUAUUCAGUUAGAGAAUAUUGUGCUGCUGUCAAAGGGAUUUCAUGGUGUCCUUAAUUAUAAAAAUACACUUAUAAGUUGAGGUGGAUUAAAUUAUAAAAUUAUCAAAUUUUGGAAUGCACUUAUUGGCAUUUGUUUUAAAAAGCAUAAGCCUAAGGAUCACAUGUUUGGACUCUAUAUUCUUUAUUAAGAUAUAGAGUAUGGAUAUCAUCUUUUUGA